AAGCAGCGCGCGCUGGAAGUUGGAGCGGAGUGUCUGUGGGGUAAAUGUCGGAGUGUUCGUGCCGAGUCACGGUCGGACUCUCCCCAGUAUUACAUAACCUCCGUCCGGCCGAGUAGCUCCACCCGGUUCUGCCGCCGCUUCGCCUCCGAACCGACGGACCAAGGCGCGACAGAGAUGGGUGAGAAGCAGGAGAAAAGCCCCGAAGGAGUGAAGUACUUCAGGCUGUCAGAGAUCGAGGAGCAGAACUCCUUCAAGUCCACCUGGAUCAUCAUCCACCACAAGGUCUAUGAUGUCACCAAGUUCCUGGACGAGCAUCCCGGAGGCGAGGAGGUUCUGAGGGAGCAGGCGGGGGCCAACGCCACGGAGAGCUUCGAGGACGUCGGCCAUUCCACCGACGCCAGAGAGAUGGCCGCCAGCAUGGUGAUCGGAGAGCUGCACCCGGACGACCGGCACAAGAUCGCCAAGCAUGUGGAAACGCUGGUUACCACGGAGAAGGAGGACGGCAGCUGGUGGUCCAACCUGAUCAUCCCCAGUCUGGCCGCCGGCAUCGUGACUCUGAUGUACCGCAUCUACACCACCGACGGCGAGUGACAUCGUCGUCUGAGCGCUGUGAUGUCAUCGUCCGCGGCGCUCGGUGCCGUGGCUCCGGCCAGCGUAGAGCGGCGGUUCUAGAGCGACGCCUGGCUGCUGUGGACCAACAUCACAUUCCCUCAGUCUGAUCUAGGAUCCACGGCUCUAUGCUGCGUCUCCAUGGCAACUCUGAAUUAAGCAGAAUUAA